CACAUCAUUUUUAAAUUAAACAUACUAUUACACUCCUCCACAAAAAUGGCAAACUUGAGUACACUUGUUGGUUGCCUUAUCAUCAUCUUCUUCACUGCUGUCGCACCUGCCUUCUCGGCCUCUCACUCUGUCGAAUGGUCGCUCGGGAAGGACUAUAGCUCGUUGGCUACCGGAAAACCCUUUGCUGUUGGCGAUACCAUUGUGUUCAAUUACGGAGCGGGUCACACAGUGGACGAAGUGAGUGAAAGUGACUACAAGGGUUGCAAACUGGGGAACGCAAUUUCUUCGGACAGUAGCGGAACUACAACCAUAGCUCUAAAGACAUCUGGUCCACACUACUUCAUCUGCGGUAUCCCCGGCCAUUGCACCGGCGGCAUGAAGCUCUCCGUCACCGUAAGUGCAUCCUCAGCCUCAUCAGCCGGUGGUGGAGACGGUACCACCGCCAAAACUCCAGCCGUAGAAGGCGGAAAAACUCCAGCCGUUGAAGCCGGAAAGUCUGCUCCUUCUGCUUCUGCCACUGCCGCGUUCAAGCCGUUAGAGGCUUUGGUUGUGACUUGUGUAGUUGCAUUAUUAUAUGCUUUGGCUCUUUCUUAGUUUGCUUUCAAGUGUUUUGCUGUGGUUUGACUCGUUUGAAAGACCAGGCUAGAGGCAGUGCUAUUACUCCUAUUAUUAUAUAUGUAUCCUGUUGUGAUUAAUUAUUCUAUGAACUAUGAUAUUUUU